AUGGCGAUCGCAUCGCAGGAAAUGUUCCAAAUUUGUCGGUUUUGCUUGUGCCAGGACGAAGCAUUACUGAUUCCACUAGAGGAUAUAUUGGAUUUCACUCUUGCCUUCCAAGAUGUAAGCGCGGUUACGGGAUUAGAGAUAAAUGAGGACAACAUAGCAUUAUACGCCAUGUGCUUGGAAUGUACAAACAAAUUGAAAAGCUCUGUCGCAUUCCGGGAAGCCUGUCGAAGCAAUGAGUCUCACUUUCAAGAGCUAUGCGCUGUGUUGUCUGCCAGCUUUAAAGAGUCACGUAUCAAAAUUAUCGACACAAUCGAGUUGUCAGACAGCUCUGAUGAAUCGAUAGAUUUUGACCUUAACACACGCGACGUAAGUUUCGCCGAUUCUGCUGAAAGUUCACAAAUCAAUGCGGAACAACGUGCUAGGUUAAUAGAAGAGCGUGAAGAAACUGCGCAAAGAACCGAUGCCGAAGGAGAGGAAUCCUCAUACUCUGCCAAUUACAUCCUACCAGGAGAGACCUUAUAUUCCGAGGAUGAGGAUACCCAGUAUUGGAUUGAUUGGGUUAGCAGCUUAAAUCCUCGAGCUCCACCGCCAGUUAAACACCUACGUGAAAAAGGAAAGCGCAAACAUCCUCUUUGUGAUAUAUGUGGCAGAAUGGUCGCACACAUUCCAAGUCAUGUUAUAGUGCAUAAAGAGGAAUGCACGUACACUUGUCCACAAUGUCCUUUUAAAACAAAACAUAAACACAAUAUUCAACCACAUAUAGACACUGUGCAUAAGAAAACAGUUAUGAAAACGUGCGAGAUAUGCGGUAAAGGAUUCGUUCACCACAAAACGUACAGAUAUCACAUGCUUACCCAUCAAAGCGAAGGAGAAACUUUCGAAUGUGUGGAUUGUUCAAGUACGUUUUCAAACUCUGUUUACUUGAGGGAUCACAUUAACAGGCUGCAUAACGCGGGAAAACCAAUGAGGAGGAACGAUGCAGGUGAACGGAUUCGAAGGUAA